CGGCUGCCCCGCGCGCGACUGCGGAACAGUUUUACAGCUCGUGGGGACUCAGCGGGCGACGGAGUAUGACACAUGUGCUCGGAUUGGACACCUCAGCCGCCGUCGAUGUAACUCCCUUUCCGAUUGGUUGGAUUCAGAAUCUCUUCAUUCUGAGCUCUGAAACCAAUGCAGCUUAGCUGUGGGAGAAGGAUUGGAAACUAACACUGAACACGCCUGUCUAAUCUAUCAGGCUCUGAGGCUUCACACGUAUCUUUUUCAUUUAAACUUUCCAACAACACUUUGAGGAAGGUGUUAUUUACAUUUUUGCAAAUAAGGAAACCAAGCCUCAGAAAAGUUUAGUUAGAGUGACUCAGUUCUACAAUGUUUGAAAAACCCUGUGUAAACUGACCAAACUGAGUCUUUGUACAUGCAAAACAGAAGACUAGACUUUGGCCCCACAGUUAUCCAAGACAAUGGGCAGGGCUGCUGUAGUCCCAGUUGGAUCCUUUCUGUGGAAUAGCUAAUUUGUAAAUUUCCUCCAUUGUACAUGCAGACCUACUCAGGUCUGCCUGCAAAAGGAUCCACCAAAUCAACAAGCAUGAAUGAUGAAGACUACAGCACCAUCUAUGACAGAAUCCAAAAAGAGAGGGCAUAUGAGGAUUCAGACCAGCCAGCAGAAGACAAAGGUCCCCUUUACAAUGAUGUCCAUGAAGACUUGAAGGCAGAAGCCAAUUUAUAUGCCACUGAGUUGGAAACCCAUGGGUACGGCUCUGCGGCCAUUUAUGCUGUUGUUGGUCAGGAGAGCACCUCAGCCUCUUUUCAACGAGAAACAGGAGAAUACCUCCUGCCUGAAAAAGUAUACCCUGAGGCUCAGCAUCCUCAACCUGGGGAGCCCCAGGAGAAUGGAAGUGAGAUGGAAGCAGAUCCGACUUCUCCUUCCAGCUUCACCAUCCAGCACAGCAGAGCCUUCUCCACCAGCGAGGACUCCCCUACCAGCUAUUCUGCUGAUGAUGUUUCAGAAGAAAAUGAAUCAGCUUCCACUAACCCUGAGGUUAACCUCUUUGUGAAGCUCCAUCCCUUCUGGUAUUUAGAUCUGCGAAUUCUAGCUGCCUUGACCUUCUGAAACACCAAACUCUGUUGUCUCCUCAACUCAGAAAGACCACCAGCCUCUAUUUGGGUUCUAUGCUGUCUGUCUCCAAUGUCUGAAAACCAUCACUUUGUGAAGUUUGUCUGCUUUACUCAAUGUUUAAAGAAAUCUUCCAAUUGUUAAGUGUAAAUCUGGUUCCUUUUAAUCCAUCCUGGCCAGAAAUGGAGGUUGUCAAAAUUGACUUUAAGAUCCCCAUUUCACUUGGGUUGCUUCUCCUUUCUUUCCAGAUAUUGGCCCCUUAAAGGCAAGUUUGAAUUGGAGUUUGGAAUAUAGCCAUGAAGUUCAACUAGACUAAAGUCUAAUGAUAAUGACAUUAAAGUGAUAUAGUAGGAGUCAGCUAUCGCAAGUAUGUUGGCCUUCAGGCAAAGACUGCUUGCUGACCUUCCAUCUUUCUAUUUUCUUUUAAGACUAUGUUGUCUUUUGCAAAGUCUUUAUUUUGUACCUUAAGUUCUGAGUAAUGACAAGACAGGAAAACAAAUGUCCCAGCUAAUCAUUCACCAACAUAAGUCAUAAUACAAUUCCAUCUUCUCAUCUUUUAACCUCUUACCAUUCAAGCCUCUGAUGAUUCCAUGAGUUCCUUGGAUGACCCUAGGAAAAGAGGUCUUCACUACUAUAAAAAGGGAAUCCUAGGGGCUUCCCUGGUGGUGCAGUGGUUGAGAGUCCGCCUGCCGAUGCAGGGGACACGGGUUCGUGCCCUGGUCCGGGAAGAUCCCACAUGCCGCAGAGCGGCUGGGCCUGUGAGCCAUGGCCGCUGAGCCUGCGCAUCUGGAGUCUGUGCUCCGCAACAGGAGAGGCUGCAACAGUGAGAGGCCCGCAUGCCGCAAAAAAGAAAAAAAAAAAAGGGAACCCUAUGUUUAAAAAAAAUUUUUUUUUAAAUUUAUUUUUGGCUGCAUUGGGUCUUCGUUGCUGUGUGCGGGCUUUCUCUAGUUGCAGUGAGAGGGAGCUACUCUUCGCUGUGUUGCACGGGCUUUUCACUGUGGUGGCUUCUCUUGUUGUGGAGCAUGGGCUCUAGGCGUGCGGGCUUCAGUAGUUGCAGCAUGCAGGCUCAGUAGUUGCAGCACAUGGGACCUAGAGUGCGUAGGCUUCAGUAGUUGUUCCAUGCGGGCUCAGUAGUUGUGGCUCGUGGGCUCUAGAGCGCAGGCUCAGUAGUUGUGGUGCAUGGACUUAGUUGCUCCACGGCAUGUGGGAUCUUCCCAGAUCAGGGAUUAAACCCAUGUCCCCUGCAUUGGCAGGCGGAUUCUUCACCACCGUGCCACAAGGGGAGUCCCAGGAAUCCUGUUUUUAAGCUACCUUCCAAUACCCAGGCCCAAAGUGUCCAGAAUGGAUUUGCGUAUAAAUUGUAUUGUGUACAUGGGAAAAUGCACUGACUGGCAGCUCUGCUCCCAAAUGACACUCCCUUAAAAAUAUGAGAUGACUCUCCCUGUGAGUGGAGCAUGAAGUUUAGCCCUGAAACCAAAUAUUUUGUGUAAUCUUGUGAGGUCAAAGAUUAAGAACCUGGGCUUUAAGCCAUGCCCCAUUUUUAUGCUUUAUAAGCAGAACCUUCCUUUCAUGAGCCUGUGGGUUUGCAAAAGUGCUAGCCUCUCAUCAUUGCCUGGACUUGGUGCACAACAGUAACAUGGCAACAGCUGACAUAAACAAGAGAAUGCAUUGUUUAGGAAACCACUAAGGUUCUGAGGUUUCAAUGAUAACAAUCUCAGGGUAAGUAUGUAAGGUGGUAAUGAAUAACUGACAUGAGUGCCUUUUGUUAAUUGCAGUACAACUGCAUAUUUUCUUCCCCCUACAGAAGUAUUUUUGUCCUGUUCUCCUAAGGUAGCAAGAAAGGAAAGAAUUUGGUGGAGAGUCUUUUUAUAUUUACAAUAGCAACCCUCUAUAAACUGGCUUGAUUCUUCUAGAACCGUGCUAUUCAAAACACGAGCCAUUAGCUCUGUGUGGCUAUUUAAAUUUAAACUGAUUUAAGUGAAAAAAUCUUAAAAAUGCUUUUCCUUAGUCAUGCUAGCCAUAUGUGGCUACUGGCUACUAUAUUGGAAAGUAGAGCUAGGGAACAUUUCUAGCAUUAUAGAACGUUCUAUAGGACAGUGCUACUGUAGAGCGUCCUGGGUUCAGCUGUGGCAUGAAGACCAAUCAUUUGUGUGGUCACAGGCCCUUCCUUGGGUCUUUAUUCCCUUGUCUAAAAAUAAGAGAUAGGGUGAUUGCGUUUAGUGAGACAGAAGAGUGGUCAUGCCCACAAAAUAAAGAAAUCACCAGUGAAAUUUAUUCUCAUCGAUAAAUAGUAUCUGUGCUACAAGUUCAUAGGAAUCAAUUGGUUUAAAAUGGCAACUGUUUAGGAAAAGCUCUACAACUCAUAACCAGCGCUUGUGAAUCUCAGUAAAUCUGUCAAUAACCAUUGGCCAUGCCCAAACCCAUUGAAGGUGUCUCUGUGGCAAUGUUACCCAUCAAAGCUGCAAUAACUUUGAGGACUGAAGAUGCUGCCUCACCAGCCACUUGGGCCAAACAUAGCAUUAAGCCUGGAGCCCAGAUACAGAGAUCAAGGUCCUUCUCCUCAAUCAAAACAACUUGCCACAAUAAAGCAGGGAGGGUUAUCUGGGGUGGGGGAAGGUGGCUGCUUACUGAGAAGAUAUGAGGGUAAAGUCUGAGC